ACACUAACAUCAUCCAACAUUCGCAUAUUCCAAAAGUCAACACACGUUCGUCGUUUUGUGAAGCUAGGAGCCUUGGCCGACAUGUCAGGACUAGAGGUCGCCGCGGGUAUUAUCGGCAUUGCCGAUGUCACCCUGAAGAGCAUCAAAGGCCUGUACGACGUAUUCCAAGCCUACCAGGAAGUUCCCGCAGAACUUGAGCGAUUCCACAAGGAAAUCACUGGUCUUCAGUCCAACCUAGGUGGACUGGCAUACCUCGAAACCGCGGACGAAGCAACACGUGAAGAAGUCCGGAAACUUGGAUUGGAUAAACACAUGGAGUCUUGCGCCGCCAGUUGCGAAGAGUUCAAGCGCAAGCUCGAGAAGUGGACGAGGCAUGGUCCUAGCAGUUUUAGGGACAAGGCGAGAAUCCUCGUGAAUGCUUCGAACAUCCAGAAAUAUACGACUAGAAUGUGGACAACAGCCCGCAUGCUUGACUCAGCCAUUGGCAUCCUCACGCUGAAAAAAACAACGAACAUCGAAAGUCUGACCAAGCAGAUCGACCAGUGGAGGAUCGAAGCGCAAAAUGAAAAAGACCAGAAUGCGGAAAGAAUGGUGGCUGUGGACGAUGACGACGACGCAGAGACUGCGCUGGAAGAGAAAGAUGACAUUCUGGCAGGCUUCCUGUCGCAGACCCAUGAUCUGGGAACGCAGCUCGAAAAGAUCAAGCUCAAUCAGACAAUCAAGAAUGUGAACACGCACGAAGAAGCGCAGGUGCAGGUUGGGAUGCCUGAGUCAGCCGCCGAUAAAGUGGCAAACAUGGAUAUUCAAGAUAUCACGACUGGGAGAAAGGCUAAAGCGCAGAUCGGCAUCUUUGGGAGCGGCAAAGGAGUGUUCGACUAA